AUGACUCGGUCGACUCAUGCAACUCUAUUAAUAAUCUUAUUUCUAUCAGGCUCUGCCAUUCAAACACAAGGAUUUUCAUACUAUCGACGUUGUAUUGGUGUCCACGCAGAAUAUAGGACAUGUGGCUCUGCAUGUCCAACAACUUGUGAAGAUCUUUUGAAUCCAUCACAACGCAGGACGUGCACACAACAAUGUGUUGCUAGUUGCUUUUGCCAAACUGGAUAUGUUCGAAUGUCUUAUCAAGUUGAUAGUCCUUGUAUUAAAAUAGAAGAAUGUUACGCGAAAAGAAUAUAUCCGAACUGUCGUAACAACGAAGUGUAUACACGAUGUGGUUCAGCAUGUCCAUCAACUUGUAAGGAUCUUGUUUAUCCACAAACCUCCAGGGUCUGCACAUCACAAUGUGUUGCUGGAUUUUUUUGCAAAGAAGGUUAUUAUCGUACAGACGAUGGUAGAUGUGUCCAGCGACCAGAAUGUUGUGAAAGUAAGACAACAUGUUCAAAUGUGUAUCAUAAAACCUAUUCAUAUUAG